UCAAAUCUAGUGGUCAACUACUCGUUCCUUUCAUCUGCUUCUUUGUAUGUUCUUUCAGGCUCACCGAGACGCUACUCGCUCGCAUCGCAGCGACUGCUCGUGACUGUAUGGUUAAUGACCGUUGUCGUGCUGUCCAACACUUUCGGUAGUCUACUCAAGUCUAAACAAGCCGUGUCCAACUUCAAGCCUGAGGUGGACGGAGUCGAUGACCUUGCAGCGAGGCCUUACCUCACGCCUAUUAUACCGGGUGGAAAUUACUACCAGGCAUUUGCGGAGGUAGCCGCGCACCGCGCUGUGGUGCUCGUAGACCACGGCUCGAUACUGCUACACAUGGCCGGCUUCUGCGAGCGCCAGAACAUCCGCACCUUCGUCGUUGCCAGUCAGCCGCUCGACAAGUCGCCCUACGGUUACAUCUUCUCCCGGCACAUCGACGAGGACUUCUUUCGAAAACUCUUUGUCAAGUUCCGUCGGCUUCAGGAGACCGGCCUGAUGCCCAAGUGGAUGGCCGACAGCCAGGGCAAAUGGCAGCGUUGCAUUCAGUCCAAGGACAAUGUUGUGAACAGCAUCAGCCUCCAAGACGCAAUGCCUUUCUUUCUGCUAUGGGGCGUGAUGUGUGGCCUAGCCUUCUGUGCCUUCCUCAGCGAGCUGGGAUGCGGCAGACUGCGCCAGGGUCGCCAAACCGGCAGACACUGAUCCGGCGCAGGACAGUGUACUGUUGGGCUAGAAUUAAGCUACAAUGAAUACUAACAGCGUAUAAACGCAUUACGUGAUCUCCUGCUUACAACUCACGCUGAACGCACUAGUGUAGAAGCUGGAGAACGUGCCAGUGACUAUUGCGCCAUUGCCUGCACGUUCAGAACAACAGUGUUAGAACAAGGACCCCUCAAAAAACUUGAUAAGGACUUUGCCAACCUUUGAGCGAAUGCAGAAUUUUACCUAUAUAUUGUAGUUACAUUGAAACAAAGCUUGAGGCGUUCCUCAACAGUGUGCAAUUUUCCGUAAGAAGCUCAGGUUAUUGCAAGAAAAAUAUACCCAUAAGAUAUCCACUCUACUUACUGGAGAUAAACAGUGAUAAACAACAGGAGAUAAAGAGUGAUAUUAAGCGUUGCUUAAGAAACAAAACACAACAACACAACAGCAACUUUUACGCAAAAGGCAAAGAGCCCAAACGAGAGGCACAUUGCAAUUACUAAACGUUUUGAAACGAAUA